AUGGGCUGUCGAGUCUGUCGCGCGCGCAAGGUCAAAUGUGAUGGCCGCCCCAACGGCUGCCGCAACUGCGAGCGUCUGCAGCUCGAGUGCGUCGCCGACGACGGUACUGCUGCUGCUGCUGCCAUCAAGCGAUCUGCCUCGGCCUCGGCCGUCGCCCUGAAAAAGAUUCGCACCUACCGCUCCUGCAACGCCUGCCGCCUCUCCAAGACCAAGUGUGACGGCGAUCGUCCCAAGUGCGGCCGCUGCGCUGCGAAAAAGGUCGACUGUGUGUACGACGGCGGCGCCGCGCCGCGCUGGACGCGUAACCUCGACCGCCCAGGGCUCUCGUCGUCUUCGUCGUCUUUCGUCAACGGCGAUGCGGCGGCGGACGGCCUGCUCGCAAACGUCGAAAAGGAACGCUCCUCGUUCCUCGCAGGCGAGAGACGCUUGCCACCGCGCCAGGAUGAUACGCCGGCCAACUCGGACGCUGGCGGAGACGGAUCGCAGAGCGGACAGGAAGGCAAGCCGAGCGUGUCUAUCCCGGAUGGACAGUCUUGGCUCGUCUCGCCCAGUCUUCCCAGCGGCCGCACUCUGCGCCGCGUUGUUGAUCAGUACUUUGCCAAUUUACACCCUCUGCGGUGCUUUGCGUUUGUCCACAAGCCCACGUUUAUGCGGCAGCUCGACAAAGGCUUGACGACAGAUGAUGAGUCUGCGCUGCUGCACAUUGUUUGUGCCCACGGAGCCAAAUUUCAUGCCCUGAGCGUGGUUGGUGAUCACGCAAGCGACACGAGCUUGAUUUCGGCCGCUGGAAACCAGUGGGCCAAGCGCGCCGAGUAUCAGCUACUCGCCAACUUUGGCAAGAUUUCAGUACAGCGACUAAUGACUGCCAUCUUAUUACACGAGUUUCACUUUCGACAUGGCGAAUACUCCCAAGCCCUCAUGAUGAGCGGCUUGGCUGUGCGCAUGGCUCACGCUCUCAAAAUCAACUCGGAGCAUUCUCCCGACAUCAUGUGCUCCGAUGCCGACGAAGCUGCGCCUUCCAUCGUCUCACGCGAGAGCCGUCGCCGUCUCAUGUGGGCAUGCUACAUCCUCGAUGCCUGGGCCGGCAGCGGCAUCGACCAACUAACUCUGCUGCGCGAGAAUGACAUCAAGAUCCAGCUGCCCUGCAACGAGAGAAACUUUGGUCUCCGGAUACCUUGCGUCACUGAAACUCUAGGAGUCGGCCAUGUGCUCCAAUUUCUACCCCCGUCAGUGGUGCCGCGGCGACCGGCCGAGAACAUGGGCAUUAUGGCUUACUACAUUCGCAUUGUAACCCUGUGGAAGAAGAUUGUCAGAUACGUCAAUAGGCUAGAUUCGCGUCUUGAUGCCAGCCCGCCGCCGUGGCUGCCCGAGUCUGACUUUGCUGCCCUGGACGCUGAUCUACGACUGUGGCGCAGGGAGCUCCCCGACUUUGUUGAAUAUUCCGCCGAGACGAUUUAUGCUCGUCUGGACUCAAAUCAGCUUGGCGCACUGGUUCUCAUUCACUGCACCUACCACCACAACUACCUAGAGCUGUACAAGCUAUCGAUGCCGGACCUUUUCAAGCUGUCGAAACCCCUGUCCAUCCCGCCAGAGCAUCAGGAAUUUUUUCAAGCUGCGCAGGCCAACUGCUACCACCACGCGCAGCAAAUCGCCGACAUUCUUGCCGAGGCUGCCGACCACGGCGCUCGGCUGCUCUCGGAUAGUCUACUGCCGUAUUUCGUCUACGACAGCAGCAGGGUCAUGCUCUACUACGUGGCACGCCUUCUCGACCCCAAUAGGCUCGACGCCCAAGAUAAGGUGCGGGAUGCCAUUAACGCAGUGGAGAGCAACAACCGCGUCUUGCGGAUGAUGGUGGCGCUGUUUCCGAUUGCGCAAUCUCUGUCUACGACAAUUGAGAGAUGGCUUUUCAAACUGAAACAGGCGACAAACAGGGAGGACCUGCUAAACAGGCUGCAGUCCGAAUCGCGUGCUGACAUUCCCGGCGCAGUAUUGCCCAACAGCCCUCCGAGCAGCCCCCAAGACAACAGUGACCUGACACUGCCGUCCAUCUCGCUGCACUCGCUCGCGCGCACCGGCGUGGGAGCCCGGCGCGUCGCCGAUCGCUCGUCCGCCGUGUCCACGCCGGGCAUGGGCUGGAGCGCGCCGACGGCUGCGUCGCCCGCGAGCGGCAACUCCUGGGACCACAUGAAUGCCGCGCACCAGCUCGCGGGGCUGAGCAGCCAGGACUCUGUCGCCAGCACCCCUAUAAUACGGUCCGGCCUGCAGCACGAGCGGCCCGUGGCGAUGCAGCAGCCGGCGCCGGCGCCGCGACGACCCGCGCCCGCGGCGCCGAUGUACGAGGCGCUCGACCUCGACGACUUGCAGAAUUUCUUGUCGUGGGACAUGUACGGGAUCCGCGACAUGGGCGACCCCAUCGCGGACGAGGGCGCGCCGGACGAUUUGGGGCUGCAGGCGUGGGCGGGCGCCAUCUGA